AUGGUCACCGACCGAAGACACUCGAGCGCGAGCGAAGAAAACUCGGGGGCGAGCACGACAGACUUUCAAGACGAAGACGCGCCGACGUCGAGAAGCGCGACGCCCGCGCCCGGACGAUUGAACGUCGAGCUCGACGUCGAUCGCGAACAACGCGAUGAGUAUCAAGGCGUGAAAUCCAUCGUGCGAAACACCGUGCGAGGGUGGGCAAACGUCGAAAACGCGGCGCUCGAGGUGAGCCCGGUGCGAGGCGGGAUCACGAACGCGCUGUUCAAGGUUCGUCUGGCGCAAGACGCGGCGCCGACGACGACGAAGGAUCCGAUCGCACGCGCGGUGGUGGUGAGAGUUUUUGGCAAGGGUACCGAUCAAUUCAUCACUCAUCGCAAAGUACAAGGCGAGACGUCGCACGUUUUGAACGAACACGGGUUCGGGGCAAAAGUGCUCGGCGUUUUUUCAAAUGGGUUGGUUGAAGAGUUCAUCGAAGCCGAGAGUGUGGCUCCGGAGGAGUUGGCGAACGGAGGGAUUUUGCUUCGACGAGUCGCGGCGCAGAUGCGACGCUUGCACAAGGAAACCAUCGCGCGCGCCCGAGCCAACGCUAUCUGGGACACGCUUCAGUUGUGGUUCGACUUGGCGUACGGUGUUGCCAAUGAUCCGACCAUUUUCAAGAAUGACGCGCGCAAAGAGUCGAUUUUGGCAUCGUUGAAGAUCGAUUCGGAAUCGCGUCAAAUGCUGUUCGAAGUCAUUCGCGCGAGGUGCGAAGCCGUGAACAGUCAGACAGUGUACUGUCACAACGACAUUCACGCCGGUAACUUUUUGCUGAACAGAAAGACGGACAACCUGACGCUCAUCGAUUACGAGUACGCCGACUACGGUCCCCGUGCGUUUGACAUGGCCAAUCUGUUUUGCGAAUUCGCCGGGUUCGAGUGCAACUACGAUCAGUUUCCGACGUGCGAACUUCGCCGCGAGUUUUACUCGGCGUACUUGCACACCACGGUCGAUGCGGAGAUUGACGCGCUCGAAGCGGAAGUCGCGGCGUGGACGCCCGUGACGCACGCAUUCUGGGCGCUCUGGGCGGUGAUUCAAGCCAAGUAUAGCGCCAUCGAUUUUGACUUUUUGGGUUUCGCCGCGAUGCGCAUGAAGGUGUUUUACGCCUCUGCUCUCGCGCCGAGUGAGUGGGUGCCGACGAACGCCGCGCUCGGUGGACAGCACGGCACGCCGGAGAAGAGUGUGGGUUGGAAUGCCACGGCUGAGGGAAACGUCGUGCUUUGA